AAGGCUCUUAGCGAUGCCGACGACUGCAUUUGGUGUGGGCAAUGAGAAAGUUGUGAAUCAGGUUCCUGUGGAGCCUUUUGUGCAUUAGGGUUUCGAUAGCCGAAAGCUGACUCAGGCAGUAUUUCUACCAAAGGAGCUGAACAGGCUAGCGAGACCAUCUCAUUUUACCUUAGUGCCGGACUGAGGUGAUUUGGGGGAACUGCUGGAGUUGGAGAAUGCAUUUAUCUUCUAUUACACAGAUGGCUACCAUUUGCCUCUUGCCGUGCUGCCUCCUGUGAUGGUAGGCACGACCCCCAAGACAACAGGGGAGAGCCUGCACAGAGAAGACGGACACUUCCACUACUGUGGGAUUAAGACCAUGGAACUGUCAGACAGUGACCGUCCUGUUAGCUUCAGCUCCACCUCAUCUUCUGCAUCCUCCAGGGAUAGCCACUGUUCCUUUGGCAGCAGAACAACACUAGUUUCAAACAAUCACCUGGGCUUAUUCAACCAGGAUAAGGAAACGGGGGCCAUAAAGCUAGAGCUGAGCCCGGCCCAGCGAUUUUCCAGCAAGGAGCUGAGAAAAAACAACCCUCCAAAGGAGCAGACCUCUGACGGAAGUCUUGGGAGAAGGCCAAGUAUGCCACGGAGAGCUGAAUCUAAGGAAAGUAGCAGAAACUGUGUCAUGUCCUUGAUCGCUGAGCCUCCAAGCCCAAAGCUCCUGUACGUUGACAGAGUGGUCCAAGAAAUCCUGGAGACAGAGAGGACGUAUGUGCAGGAUUUAAAAAGUAUCAUGAAGGAUUACCUUGAUUGUAUCACUGACCAAUCCAAACUCUCUUUGGGGAUGGAGGAACGAUCAGCUUUGUUUGGAAACAUAAAAGACAUCUACCAUUUCAACAGUGAACUUCUGCAAGAUUUGGAAAACUGUGAAAAUGAUCCUGUAGCUAUAGCAGAAUGUUUUGUUUCUAAGAGUGAAGAGUUCCACAUAUAUACACAGUAUUGCACCAAUUAUCCAAGGUCAGUGGCUGUACUUACAGAGUGCAUGAGGAACAAGUCCCUGGCGAAGUUUUUCAGAGAGAGACAAGAAGCUUUACAACAUUCUCUGCCUUUAGGAUCUUACCUCUUAAAACCUGUUCAGCGAAUACUCAAGUAUCACCUUCUUUUGCACGAGAUAGAAAACCACCUUGACAAGGACACUGAAGGUUAUGAUGUGGUUUUAGAAGCCAUAGAUACGAUGCAGAGAGUGGCGUGGCAUAUUAAUGACAUGAAGAGGAAACAUGAACAUGCUGUCAGGCUGCAGGAGAUACAAAGCUUACUCACUAACUGGAAGGGACCGGACCUUGCUAGUUACGGCGAGUUGGUUUUGGAAGGAACAUUCCGCAUCCAGAGAGCCAAGAAUGAGCGCACUCUGUUCCUCUUUGACAAGCUGCUGCUCAUUACGAAGAAGAGGGAAGAGACUUUCACCUACAAAGCUCAUAUCUUGUGUGGCAAUCUCAUGCUGGUGGAAGUCAUACCAAAGGAGCCUCUGAGCUUUAGUGUCUUCCAUUACAAAAAUCCCAAGAUGCAACAUACUGUUCAGGCUAAAUCACAGCAAGAUAAGCGCCUUUGGAUUCUUCACUUGAAGAGAUUAAUUCUUGAAAACCACCCUGCCAAAAUCCCAGCUAAGGCCAAGCAAGCAAUUCUUGAAAUGGAUGCUAUCUAUCACCCAGGAUUCCAUUAUAGCCCAGAAGGAGAAAUGAAAGCAUCGAGUAAUUCUAAAGAAGGAAUCGCCCCACAGAGGGUGAGAAGGAAGUCAGAACCUUCAUCCAGAGCCCAUAAAAUCAUAAAGCCAAGUGAAAUGGAUCCAGACCCGAAAAAGCGGAUCAGUAUUGAAGGAACCCUGCUAUCUCAGGCUGAAGCCCUCCUCAGUCCUAGGAAAAAGUUUUCACUGAAUCACAAAGGACUGGACUCCAAUGAAGUGGCCUAUAGUAGCAACCAAGAGGAUAACGCCCUCACUGGUGUUAUGGAUCAGACUGAUGCUGAUGAUGAGGAAGAGACUGAACAGACCACACAACAAAAUUCCCAGCAGAAACCAAAAGGAGGCCGCAAAAGGUUAAACAGUCAAGUUGCUGAAAAUUUUGAGAAACGAAGAAGUGUUAAUCUCAGUAAAUGUGAAAUGAAGAAUGCAAAGGAGCCUGCAAAUGAAGCACCUUCCCAGGUCAACACAAAGCUUUCAUUUUCCUGCAGUGGAGGUGGUCAUCCAUCUCGGCAGUUUCCACCACCAAACAGCACAUUUAUGGCGAAUAUUUUGGGUAGAACAGAUGCGGUGAGAAACAUCUGGACAGACCACCAUAUUCGGCAAGCCCUGUUCCCAAGCAGACGCCCCCCGCAUGAGAACACAGAGGACGAAGAUGAUUAUCAGAUGUUUGUACCGUCAGACUCUACAUCCAACUUGGUUUCCAUUGCCUGUGAAGAGAAAGAGCCUUCGGGCCGCCCUUGCAGCUGGCACGUAGGACUAGCUCACCAGAGGGACGUUUCUAGUUCCAACUCUCACAGAAUUGUGAGGCGGGCCAGCAGUGCUGGGGAAAGUAAAACUUCUCCAUCUGGUUCAAGAUACAGAAAAAAUGACCUUGGUCAGGAUGCUACUUGGAGUGAAAUAAAAAGUUCCAGGAGUGACAUGGACAAUCUGCAGGUGUACCUAGAAUCUUCAGAAGAACUGACUAUUGAUGACAUAGAUCAUGUCUAUGACAAUAUAAGUUUUGAAGAUUUGAAACUAAUGGGUCUCACUCGGAGGGAAGCGUCUGACCGUGCUCCACAAGGGUCAGCUAGAGACUCGCUCUAUGAGGCUCAAGACCAAGACAUUGCUUUCAGUAAAAGACAGGCACCUCAAAGCAGGACCUCUAUUUCUACCAGCAGAAAUGAAACUACUCCCAGGAGAGGAACUCCACCUGUAAGCUCUCAUGAUCUAAGGAUCAGUGAGGAAAAUAUCUAUGAUACCAUAGUCCUCCCAGAGCAAUCACUGACAAAUUUCAAAUGUGAUCGCCUUAAGUGUUCCAAAAAGAGGAGUUUUCUGGGUCUGGAAACAGAUUUUGCAUGCUGUGACCACCUGCGACAGUUUGUUUCUGAAGAAAGCCUCCAUUUCAGUGAAGAUGAAAAUCCCUAUCAUUGUGUUCCAUUAGAUCAUGAUUAUUUGAGCUUAGUGGAUAGCUCAUCCAACUCUGAUUCACACUCUCACAAAUCUGCUGCAGACAAAUUGUCUGAGGAAGUGGAUGAAAUCUGGAAUGACCUGGAGAAUUACAUCAAGAAGAAUGAGGAAAAGACGAGAGACCAUGUCCUUGCAGCUUUUCCUGUCUGCAAAGAUGACAUAGACAACAACACUCCUACUAGAACUACUUGUGAGUUAAAUAAAGAUGUGGGAUAUUCACUCCCCCCUCUCUCACUGCCAGAAACACCUGCUUUCCCUAAAGCUUUGCCCAACAAAGUUGCCAGGUUGAGUGAAGCCAACCUCAGAUUCGAGGAGGAAGCAUCGCCAUGUAAGGAAACACCAUGCAGAGCAAAUUCCUUGAUGAGUCUCAACAGAUCUUCCCUCUCCAAUGAGAGAGCUUUUGUAGAUAGUCUUUAUGAAACUGCCAGUAGUAUUCUGUGCAGUGCAAAUGCAGAAAGUACUGACAAUGAACUGGAUGCUGUGGAUAAAACAAAGAACCGGGUCUUCACAAUGGCAAGACAGUACAGCCAAAAAAUUAAGAAGGCAAACCAACUUUUGAAAGUAAAAAGCCCAGAGCAAGAGCAACUUCUGAGCAGGCAACAUAAAUCAAGGCACAAGGACUUAGCAGCCAUUUUGGAAGAGAAGAAACAAGGAGGCCCUGCCAUUGGUGCCAGAAUUGCUGAAUAUUCCCAGCUCUACGAUCAGAUUGUUUUUCGGGAAACCUCACCCCAAAAGACCAGUUCUCAAGACCCAUCAAACAUAAGGUAUUCCUCACCAGUGUCAACAUCUCAGUUAGCUGAGGAAUGCUUCAGAGCAGAAGACUGGUUGCACUCAACAUACAGUAAUGUGGAACUCUCAGAUUUCUCUCCCUGGCUGGAAGCCCCACACCUGAAGGCCAGAAGCUCCCCUUCGGAAAUGAGUGCAAAGCAGAGACAGUUGCCAGCGGCCUGCUCAGUGCCUUCCCUUCAGACUCCUCUUCGCCCGCACAUUCCUGCACAAAGGUGGAGCGCAAUUAUAAGUCAGCCUAACAAAGAGAACUUGCACCACAGUCAGGUUUUUAAUUCUUUAGGAAGACGGGAAAGCAAUGCAAAGUCACAGGUGUAUAGCAGGUCACAAUCAUCUUCCUCUAUUGUGGCCAGCAAGUCUGGGGAUUCAAUAAAUUAUCCACAUGAAAUGGACAAGAAGCAGCUGCAUUCAGACAGGAACUUUCUCUCUGAACACUAUAAAGAAUCUGUGCCAGGUGCCACCCCAGGACUUGCAGGAUGUGAUGGAGCAAAGCAGAGCCUUGAGAAUUGCUCCGAAAUGAUUCUGCAGGAUUCUCAAAAAAUUCUUAGAGUUAACAGAAACUUGCUCUCAAAUGCACAAAUAGCUACCCAGAACUAUUUUUCUAACUUCAAAGACACUGAUGAUGGAGAAGGGGAUGAUGAUGACUAUGUUGAAAUAAAAUCUGAAGAUGAGGGCUCCGAUUUAGAGAGUUUCUACAACCAAACAAAACUCUCGGAUCCAAACAUAAAUGUACAUUGCGCUGCUUCAGAAACUUGUAGUGACAAAAAUAUGCCCCUGGCUCCUGCUAAGGCAUCAGACUCUUUCCUGGCCACAUGUAGUGAUUCAGAUAAAUUGAACGAUUACCUAUGGAGGGUACCAUCUCCUAAUCAGCAGAACAUUGUCCAGUCCUUAAGGGAAAAAUUUCAGUGUCUUAGCUCAAGCAGCUUUGCUUGAAAUUUUUUUUUUUAUUCCUAACAUUAUGCCUUAAUGCUGACAAAGUUAUAAUAGGGCUGCCUGUACUGGUAAUGUACAUUGUGGUGUGUAUAUUUUAACUAUCGUGUAGUGAGAAAUUUAAAGUGACUAGUUUUGCACUGUCAAGCUAUUGACUUACGUUGCAGGCAGAUUUCUGGCUAGCUUUUCCUUGCAUCCAUUCUUAACAGUGGCCCCUAUGCUGAAAUCAUGGCAAUGAUUUUAUGAGAGCCAGUCAUGUAGGCCAGAAUUCUGAUUUUGUUCUAGGAAUGGCAUUAAUGCUGAAAAGCAGGGGGGGGGCGGGAACUGGCAUAUUAUGUGAAAUAUGCAGUGAAAUAUCAAUGAAAUAUAAAGAAAGAGUACUCUCAGGUUUACUUGCUUAAAGGACUGCACAUAUAUUUUCAUCAAGUGAGGUAUGAAAUACUGUGAUUGGACUGAAGCUUAUUGUUGUAUUGUCACUUAACUCCAAUAGCAUUAAGAUUCCCUCCUUAUGUUUCCGCAGCCCACUUUUCCAAGUAGGUUUGAUAAAUAAAAUGUGCACUUGUGGUACAGA